GUCAUGGAUCAUAACCACCGGCCAUCGACGCGUAGGACUCCUCUUGGAGAAGCCACCCGGCGAGUCAACAAUGAGCUUCCACAAACGCCUUCGAAAGGAUCACCAAUGCGGCAGCAUGGCAGGAAAAAAUCCGACCCUCCCCAAGUGAAAGCUUACAGACCUCUAUCACCACCACGGUACCAUGAAUACAAUUCCUUACGUGGCUACGACCAACCCGCUCCUUUGCUUCCUAACCCAGCAAAUCCGCGUCUCUCAGCCAUAUCCAAAGAACAUGGCGACACAACAUCCAAGAGAGACUCUCUCAUAUCCACCAUUUCUACCGACAGUAAUCGCGUCAAAGUAUAUAUUGGACCUUGGAGGCUUGGGAAGACAUUGGGCGAGGGAGCCACGGCGCGAGUUCGGCUGGCAAAGCAUGCGUCGACGGGACAGAAAGCUGCAGUGAAGAUCGUACAAAAGAGGCACGCCCAAAUGUCCCAAGCUUCCAGCCUUGCCGAUCUCGAUCAAGCCGAGGCUUUACGCCCAGACUCUGGAGACGGCUUACGACGAAUGCCAGUUGGUAUCGAAAGAGAGGUAGCCAUAAUGAAACUUAUCCAGCAUCCGAACAUCAUGAAACUCUAUGAUAUUUGGGAGAACCGUACUGAGAUUUACCUAGUAUUAGAGUACGUGAAUAACGGAGAACUCUUCGACUACAUUACCUCGAAAGAGGGUGGCCUCGAGGAAGAAGAAGCCUUGAUGUUCUUCCGUCAAAUUCUCAGCGCUGUUGGCUAUUGUCAUUCUUUUAACAUAUGCCACCGCGAUCUCAAACCAGAGAACAUAUUAUUGACGAAGGACUUAGAGAUCAAGAUUGCAGAUUUUGGGAUGGCGGCGUUGCAUCAAAGCCCAGACCACAAGCUCAGGACUUCUUGUGGGAGCCCGCAUUAUGCUGCCCCUGAAUUGAUCAAAGGCUUCGCUUACCGUGGCAACCAAGCUGAUAUAUGGAGCUUGGGAGUUAUCCUGUAUGCCACCCUUUCUGGAACACUUCCUUUUGAUGUUGGAAAUUCAGACGCCCCGAAGGAAGAGGCUUUGCCUUUGCUAUUGAAAAAGAUCCAGCGCGGCCGGUUCGAAAUGCCACCAGGAUUCAGCGAGGAAGCAAAAGAUCUGGUCCGGCGAAUAUUGCAGGUCAAUCCUCAAAAGAGAAUCACGCUCAGGGAGAUGUGGAGACAUCCCCUGCUAAGAAAAUAUGAUUACCUGGACAACCUUGCCAGCGGUUCCUUUCCAGAAUCUCCGAGUGCGAAGAAUUGUGGACGCCCAGUACUUCGUCGGAGUGAGAUCGACAAAGAGUUGCUCCGUCACCUGAGGUCUAUGUGGCACGGAAUGUCCGAGCAGCAACUCAUAGACGCUCUUUUGAGUGAAAACUUACUCCUGAAGUAUCGUGAUACACAACUUGAAAACUAUUCUCCUGAUCUUGGAUAUUCGAAUAGCGACUAUCACCAUGUCAGACCACUCAACUUGAAGAAGACGUAUUCUACUUGCCAGUUCCCCCAAGCCAAGUCAAAAGGGCAUGGGAGACAGGUGUCCAAGUUCACCGUUGUCAGCAAUGCCGCUGAAACCGUGCGCAGCUAUGAUCCAUUCAAAGCCUCGCGACCCCAACAACUUAAUGGAUAUAGCAAUAACUACCACGCCAAGAUUACAAUUCAUGGACCUGGCAUGGUCAAUUCGGGAGAGUCAAACUCUAGGUAUCGCUCAGCCUCCGGCACAUCGUCGUCACAGGGAACCACGACGGAUCGCAACAGACUACUACCUCCACCUCCAAAAUUGUAUGCCUCCCGAAGCUCUAUGGCAAGCACUUCCACCAGAAGCCGAGCAAGUAAUCCUCACGUCCGAGCAACAAUUGGCCACAAGCGUGGUGUGAGCUUCUCAAAUUUGCGAAAGCACUCCUCGGGGGGGCAUUCAAAGCUGUCCUCCGAUGGUAAAGCAUUUACGGCGAUCCCACGGCAUAGCAAUCAUACGGAAGUCACUGAUGAUGGAGGGAGUGUUUUACGUCCCGUGGAAACACCUGCUUCAACGCGCUAUAUUCGAUCAAGAAAGGUGCAGUCCACUUCUCAACCACUUCUCUCUCCCGCAAAGCGCGGCCUGACAAGUCAAAUCUGGAACGAAGAUGUCCGGCAGCUCAGCACUAGCUUGGCGAAGGAUUGUGAUGAAGCAUUCAACCGUACUUCUGUUGUCUCGACGAUUUCUGAGAGCAAUGGAGUAACGAAGAAGACAAAGCGAACUUCAUUGAGCUCACGUCCUCUGCCAGAACCACCAGCCCGAACUCAGUCUGUCAAAUAUGAGCUCUUGGAAGCACGAAAAGAGGCAGAAAUACGGAAGAUGUACUUAGAUUGUGAUGAAUCGCCCACCUAUUUGAAUCGGAUGGUAGCACACAUUGAUCGUUUGAUGCAGCCAAUGUCACCAACUCGGUCCUUUUCAGCCCCAACUGAGUCUAAAAAGCCGUCAGGGGGACAAUUACUGCCAUGUAUUGAAGAGAGUCAGGAGAAGGAAGUCUCCCCUCGGAGGGCUAAAGAGCUAGCUAUGUACCGUGAUCGUCAACGUCGCCCCGAGGCGAAGACAGGUCGUAUAGGUUCUGCGCCUGAACCUCGAGCGCUGCAACGGGAAAGCUUCCAAGACCGAUUUACCAAACCGGAUUCUCUACUUAGGGAUACAAUCCGUGUUGUAGAUCCAACUUCUCCACUCAGUCCUGUCAAGCCACCCGCUCCUCUCAUCAUCCGCAAGAAGAGUUCACAACCGGCUCCGCUGCCUUUGAUGUCUGGAGGGCUUGGCGAUGACAUUAAUACGCAAUCCAGCAGACGACGUCCAUCAGAAGGACUUGAUCUUCGUCAGCAGUACAAGGCUGGUUUGAAGAAGGAUGCUGCAUUGGUGCUCCCAAAGAUUGAAGAAGUCAAGAAAGAUGAAGACUCAUUCGAAGGUGAGAGCAACGCUAGCACAAUUCUUAGAAAGACGUCCGGUUGGUUCAAGCGCAGCUCAAGGAGCGGAGACGACUUCAGAGGAUCGACCGGCGGAAGUGAAUCAUGGCGGUCUCAAUCAAGUUAUAGCACUGUCCAGGAUCCAUAUAACAGGCCACAAAAUCCACAUCUUGAUUCAUCCCUUCUUCCGGAAUCUCCAAAGAAGAAGAUUUCUAAGCUUGGAAGAUGGUUUAAGAAACGCAAUUCGAAACCAAAUAUGACUCUUAGUGUUGACAAUACCAUUGAUGAUACUAUUAGUGUUCAGGAAUCUUUCAUGGAUCGUCAUUAUCCACACCUCGGCGAUCCUAGAGUCCGACAAAUUGCGCCUCAGCAAAACUGGCUGGCCAAGCUAUUCAAGGUCAAGCCAGUCACAAAGCAUCUAUGCUUCUGUAUUACCAAGCGUCGUGCCCGUCAAGAGAUUGCCAGAGUCCUCAAAGAGUGGAAGCGAUACGGCCUCGAAGAUAUCCAGGUCGACAAGGAUCGCAACAUCGUCUUUGGAAGAGUUGCUUUGGGCAAUUAUUUCAAUCUUAAGGAGGUUUCCUUUGCUGCCGAGAUUAUGACCGUCAUUGAGCAUGGCAAGAAACCCAAGCUUAGCAUCGCUCGCUUUACGCAAGAGAGUGGUGCGGCCAGUAGCUUCAACAAAGUGUUGGAAACCAUGGAGACAGUACUGAAGAGUCGAGGGUUUCUCCUGACGGACGAGCGCAAGAAACGGAUGAUGAUCAAGACAUUGAACGCUGCCUAAACCCUUUCCCCUAGCAACGACUGCCGCUGCCCAUUUGACGACAUUCUUAGGCGCUGGCCCUGGUCACUGGGCUUACGUGUUGUAUUCGAGAGUAAUCAUUUUUCUUCGUAGAUUUGCUUGGUGGUUGCACUGCAAACUUUUGUGUUAUUGCAUAGCGGGGCUGCAUAGCUUUUCUGCAUUGUGGAUUUGUGUGCAGAAACGCUAAAAUGUUAAUGAUAAAUUGUAGAGUAGGAUAGAAGUUCAUUUCUGCAUGAGGGAAGGGAGACAAGUUUCUGGCUUGGGAGGUGGACGUUGGGGGGAAGAGAUUUGUGGAUUUCUUCAUGUAAAGAGUAUUGAAGAAUUAGAAACG